AGUUUUUUUUACGCCUUAAGUUGCCACUCCUUUGUCAUAAAACCCCGCCAUUUUAAAAAAAACAUGUCGAUCGAAACGCCCAAUGAUCACAGCAAGCAGCCGACACAAUAUCCAAAGGUCAGCGCUAACAACAGCAGUAGCCAGGGACCGCUGCCAAAGCAGGAAGUACCCGCGACGCGCCUGUUCAAAAUACUCAAUCCUGAGCUGUACAUGAAGCCCAACCGGUUUAUCAUGUACAGUGGAGUAUUGGCAAUGGCAGGCAUUGUGUAUUGGUUGGGGUCAAAUGAAAUGGAACAUCGCAGACAGCAGCACAUUAUUGAUACUGCCAACAAGGUGGAAAACGGAGCAUCCGCUUCGGCUUCUCAGCUGCGUCAUCAGACAUACCAAGAGCGCAUGGCCGAAUUGAAACGCUGGUCGACUUCUUCGAGCUAGUCAACUUAAUUUAUUUAUUGGAUCAACUCAUUGUUUUUGCAAAUGAAAUGAUUUUGAUCAAAAAAUGUGCACUUGUUUUGAACGACCUAUUACGCC